AGAGUAAACGAUAAGAAAUUAGAAGUGUAGGACUCAAACACACAAUCACACAACACAACACACCGUAAAAAACGUUAAAAAACAGACAAUUCUCUCUCUUUCUCUUUCUCAUUGUCUUUGUCUUAAAAAUCACACCCACCUCCUAAUCUCAACCGCCCAUUUUUCUGACAUUUUAUUUUCCUUUUAACAAAUUUUCUUGUUUCAUUAAUUUAGACUAAAAUUUACGGACUAUUUCAGUUGAGAUAAGUGGAGAUACCUGCAAAUUUACAAUUUCACAACUUCAAAUUCAAUCAACAAUUAAAAAAAAAAGCUUAGAUAUUUUUUUUUUCAGCUCAAAUUUGCAACAAAAAAUCAAAAAUAAAAAUAAAAAUGGGAGAAGCAGCAAAUUCAGAGAGAAACAAUGGUAGUAGUAGAGAUUCUUUUGAUGGGUUUUCACCAGUUUCUUCAACUCGUGUUUUUUGGCAAUCUCGUAAGAGGCGUGCAAGCGCACUGAAUGUAACCAAGCCAAGAGAUGAGCCAAUGUUUGAAACACCAACAAAACCAGAAACUUCAGAGGAAGAGAAGGCACCGGACUCGACUCCUCCAGAUAAUGCUGUUCUUUCAGAGCGCCGAAAGGCUCUAUUUGAACCGCUGGAGCCUAUUGAUACUCUUCCAAGAAAACGACCCUCAAAUGAGAGCUUGCUUCCUCCUCCAGACUUCGACGCAACAGCAUAUCCUAAGGGCUGGUUAAUAGGUAAGAAGCGGAAGUUGGUGAAUGUCGAUGUUGUUGAGAGCAUGCGGAGGAUUGCCAUCCAAGAAAUGAAUCGCAAGGAUCGUGAAAUUGAUGGGUUAAGUGAGCAACUAGAUGAGGAUUCUCGUGUUCUUGAGCAUCUACAAGUCCAGCUUCUAGAAGAAAAAAGAAAGCGUUCAGAUGUUGAGAGGGAAAAUACAAUGCUGCAGGAUCAAAUCAACAUGUUGAUGAACAUGCUACAGGAAAACGAAGCUGCAGAAGAGGAGGAUGCAAAUGAGCCUUAGUUGGUUCUAGAAAAGUAUUUUAAUUCUUUUGUAUAGUUUUUCCUGAAUUUAAAACGUACAGUAGGGGUGUUGUUGAGCAGCAAGUUUUAGUUGCUGCAUGGAAUUUACUUAGCAUUUGUUUGUUUGUUUGUUGCUAUAAAUUUAGAAUAAACGCUUGAACGCUUUAAUAAUUAAGGAUAUAGCGUAUGAUGUACAAUGUAUUGUCGUCUGGUUUUAAGAUCCUAAUGACAAAAUAUUGUGAGUGUAGUUCUUGAGCUUUCAAGACAGAUUUCGGUUUUUAAGUGCAAAUAACAGUUUAUGUAAAUAAUCCUUCUUUC